UCUCGGCUCGAAGGUCUCGGAGGCAUCGGCAAGACCCAGAUCGCCCUCGAGACCGCCUACCAAGUCCGUGACAAACAUCCUGAUUGCUCCGUCUUCUGGGUUCCGGCUGUCGAUGCCACCAGUUUUGAAAAUGCUUAUCGUGACAUCGGCCAUCAGCUUGGGGUAAAAGGAAUUGAAGAUGACAAGGCAGAUGCCAAGAUGCUCGUCAAGGCUGCCCUCAGUCACAAGAGCGCCGGCAGCUGGCUCUUGGUUAUCGAUAACGCCGAUGAUCUCAAGUUAUUUGCCGAUGCAACACUUUCAGACUAUCUCCCAUUCAAUUGGAACGGCUCUAUCCUUUUCACGACUAGGAAUCAUUCCAUAGUUUCAAACCUUGAUAUAUCACUCGAGGGUUUGAUAAAUAUCGGAGAAAUGAGCUAA